AUGUCCAACUUAACCAAAUAGAAAAUAGCUUUUAAAUUAAUGAUAUCUCAAACUGAAAACAUGCUAAAAAACAUUGGUAAGAUUUAUUUGGAUCAAUCAAUAAAAUUUAUGAUUAGAUUGAAUAUGAAAACUAGUCAUUAAUAUAUCUUAUCAGCAAAAACAAAAAUUUAGCUGAAUCCUCGAAUAUUGAUUAAGAUGGAACUAAAUUAAAAGAUUGGAAUAAUGAGAAAAAUUCAUAUUUUACAAAAUUAAAUAUGAUAAAGAGCUAAUUGGAAUAAGAAAUUAUAGGAUUUGGCUAAAAUCUGGAAAAAAAAAUGUGAAAGUUUUUAGAGGAACGAAAGUUUAUUAAAGUAAAGAAGAUCUUUAUGAAAUUUUAGAUUACAUCCAGGAUACUGAUGAAUCAAUAUUUAAUUUUAUUAUUGAUGUACUGAAAAAAGAGAAAAUUUUCGAUAUUCUAGGAUUUCUUUCAAAACCAUUCAACCUCAAGCUUUAUGAUUCAAUUGCCAAUUAACAAUUGACAAAAAGUGUUGUAAAAACGAAAAUUAACAAGUUCACUAAUGUUUUGAGAAAUAUAUAGGAUCAUCCCUUUAGUAUAGUGCAGAAAUAAAUCAUAAGGAAGGUUUACAUUUAAGAAAAAUAAUAUAAGCAAAUAAUAAGUGAUUAAUUUUCUUAAAUUUUAAUUCUACUCACAACUAUUGAUGAAAAGUUGAUUUAAUGUGGAUCGAAUGGACUGAAUUUAUUAGUAGGUAUUAAGGUUGAUUUGUAGAAUUAAUCUUUUGAAAAUAUUAGGAUCAAGAAUACUACUUUAAUUGAUGGAAAUAUUGUCAGAAGUAAUUUAAGUGGAUCGGAAUUCGAAAAUGUAGACAUUAGUGGGAUGAAUUUGAAUGACUCUACUUGUAAAUUGUAAGUGGAGGAGAGUGAAAAUCCAUCAUAUGAAUGAAUUGCAAGAACAUUUGGGACCUGUGUACUCUUUAUGCUUCUUCCCAGAUGGAAUUACAUAAGCCUCUAGUAGUAAAGAUAACUCUGUUCCAACAGGAUAGUUUAAAGGUCAUGAAAAGUAUGUCAGCACAGUAUGUUUCUCUCCAGAUGGAACUACUCUAGCAUCUUGUGGGGAGAUUAGUCUAUCCGAUUAUGAUUAUGGGAUGUUUAUACAGGGUUAUAAAAAGCCUAAACGGAUGAUCAUAGCGAUUGGGUAAACUCAAUAUGCUUUUCACCAAAAGAAACCGCUUUAGCAUCUGGUAGUUCUGAUAAAUCUAUUCAUUUAUGGAAUGUUAAGAUGGAUAAUAUUAAGCCUAAUUUUAUGGUCAUAAUGAUACUGUUUUAUCAGUGAGUUUUUCACCUGAAGGAUUUACUUCGGCAUCUAGCAGUAGAGAUUAGUCUAUCCGUUUAUGGGAGGAAAGGCAGGAUAAUAAAAAGGAAAGUUAAAUGAUCAAAUUGGAGCUAUCUGGUCAUGUUGUUUAUUGCCAGAUGGAACUACCUUAGCUUUUGGAGGUUUGGAUAAAUCAAUCUGUUUAUGGGAUGUGAAGACUGGAUAAUAAAAGCUAUUUUGGAUGGCCAUCCUAUUUUUGUUUUAUCAGUAUGCUUCUUAUUGGAUGUUUAGACAGGGUUAUAAAAAGUCUAAUUGGAUGGUCAUAGUGAUUGGGUCAACUCAGCAUACUUUUGGCCAAAUGAAACUAUUUUAGCAUCUGGCAGUAGAAAUAACUCUCUCUCUGGGAUGUUCAGACAGUCUGGUAAAUUUCACCAUUGAAUAAAAAAUACAAAGAUCUUCUAACCUAAAAAAAUUAACUUAUUAAGAGUAUUCGAAAUUUAUUUUUAGAGACCUUAAAUAUUAAUAUUCUACUUAUAUCUUAAUUGGCUGUAUUUUAAUCAUAAGGUGCGCUUAUUUCUAAAGGAGAAUUUGUGAAUCAUUAAGGAAUAAAUUAACAUUCCUUAUUGAAAUCGACAGGUAGUUAUUUUUGGAUAGUAAACUAGAAUAACAAUUAAUGAGGAAUCAUAACUAUAAAUUUUUCUAAUUAGUAUUCUUUUUUCAAUUUUUUACUUAAUUAUUUAAAAUUUAUGCUCUUUGUUAUUCGGAAAUUGGUUCAAAGAUCUGA